GACUGACUUCGCCUUCCUCACUUUCGUCCUCCUUUCCUCCUUGUCCGCUACCGCCAACUCCCGAUUUUCCGGUGAAUUUACCGAUCUGUCGCGACGCCGGCACUGUUCUGUUGUGAUUAUUUGAGCUGCGGAGCAGAUGUGCCGGCAGAAUUCCUGCUUGCAUUUGUCCAUGGAUGAGUCCGUUACAGCUGAAGAGAGUCUCUUAAUAUUUUGCAAGCCUGUUGAAUUAUACAAUAUUCUUCGUCAACGUGCUUUGCAUAAUCCUUCAUUUCUUCGUAGAUGUCUGAAAUACAAAUUACAAGAUAAGCGUAAAAGGAGUUGGCCGGCAUCAAAUCAGGACCUUCUCCCUAUGUAUGGACUGGGCAUGGAUGAGUUGAAGGCUGGCAUUGUAAUUUUUAAUUACAAGGACUGCAAUGACAUGUCACAAAAGACUGAAGUAACUGAAAACUUCUCUUGUCCGUUUUGCUUGAUGCAAUGUGCAAAUUUCAAGGGUCUACGGUAUCACUUAUGUUCUUCGCAUGAUUUAUUCAACUUUGACUUCUGGGUAACUGAAGAGUAUCAGGCAGUGAAUGUCUCUGUGAAAAUUGAUUUGUUGAGAUCUGAGAUUGUUUCAAGUGAAGUUGACCAACAAGUGCAAACAUUCUUCUUCUGCUCAAAGCCACGGAAACGUAGGCCUAAGAAUCCUGUUCAGAAUGUCAACAUACAAUUUUUGGAGAUAGACUCACCCAAAAUAUCCAAGGAAAGCAUACAAAAUGGGUUUCUAGAGAAGGAUGAUGCUGCCAAGGCAUCCAAGUCAGUUCCUAGUAUGAAAGGUUUGCAGAAUGGAUGGCAUGGCAUGGAAAACCAUGGUGCUGAUUAUCAUAGUGCAACAGAAUUCGUUGCACGGAUUGCAACUGGUAGCAAUGCUCCAGAAGUUUCAUUUGCAGUGGCUCGAUCUCCAAUGGAUAUUGAACCUGUUAAAUCAGUAUCUGGCAGUGAUCCUGUUGUUCCUCCUAUGAAGGCAAGGAAGUUAACUGCUGAACGAUCUGAACCUAAAAACCGGAUGCUCUUGCUCAAGCGCCAGUAUUUUCACUCUCACAGGGUUCAGCCAAUGGCAUUGGAGCAAGUAAUGUCAGAUAAGGAUAGUGAAGACGAAGUUGAUGAUGACAUUGCAGAUCUUGAAGAUCGUAGGAUGCUUGAUGAUUUUGUGGAUGUUAGCAAAGAUGAAAAGCAGCUUAUGCAUCUCUGGAACACAUUUGUGAGAAAGCAAAAGGUUUUGGCAGAUGGUCAUGUUCCUUGGGCAUGUGAAGCAUUUUCGAAACUCCAUGCAGAGGAGCUUGUCCAGUCUACUGCUCUCUUUUGGUGUUGGAGACUAUUCAUGAUCAAACUAUGGAAUCAUGGUUUGCUCGAUGCCAGCACAAUGAACAGCUGCAAUAUGAUUCUUGAAAGAUGCCGGGAUGAGGGAUCAGACGCAAUGAAAAGCUGAAAUUUACAUGCAAUAACUACAAGUCCAUCCUUUAGUAUAGAGACAAUACAGUUUAUCCACAUUGUUUUGCUACAUUUUUCCCAUUCAUUUCCUUUGCAUUCUUUUCUGCAUUAACAUUCUUGACUUGGGUCAGAAAUCGUAGCUACUAUUCUUUAACAUAGGAGAGAGGGAAUAAGAGUUUCCUUCUCAUUGUUGUAAUCUGAUUCAAUGCUGACAUCUGUUUUACUUCAUUGAGAUAAAGAAGUUACAAUUUU